AUGUGCUCCACGUUGUUCUUCAUGACGCAAAACACCGAACUGCGGCAAGAGUGCCAACGCUGCUGCACUGCUGUAGAGGGUGACGCGGCUGAUGAUGUCACCUACGUGUCGGGCCGAAUCGAGCUCCGCAAUAUUGCCUAUGUGAUGGAAUCGUGGGAGGGGAACUCGCUCACCAUCUUUAAGCGCAAGUACAAGUCGGAGCCCUACUUCAAGCAUCUCUCCUUUGUGGAGAAAUCUUCAUUGCUGUUUCCGCAAGUAGUACUCGUCGGCAGCGAUCCCCAAGAUGUAUUGACACUCCAAAUCGCAGGGUGGCCCCCCGAGACCAUCCACGAUCUCUUCAGGAAGAAGAUUCAAGUGAAGUAG